CGCAAAUCUAACGUUCAUCGUUGCAGACAUUUGAAAUCUCUAUAGCUCCCAGCGAACUACCCGUCGCCUCCGUCUUCCCACCAUCGCCUCCGUCUUCCCACCAUCGCCUCUGUCCCUGCAUCACCGACGGCUGCCAAUCCCAUCACCAUCGAUGACGCCUUCCAAUUGCAUCCCCUUCUUGCCGCCUGCCAAUCGCCUCACCAUCGCCGCCGCCUGCGAUUCAUUAAUAGCCCCGGCUGUAAAUCAAUCGUGUUCUCCAGCUCUGAAACGACCGAAGUCUGAAGCUACGAGCAUCGAGCAUCGCCUCUGUGCAUCACUGCAUCCUCAAUUGGUCCUUCGUCGAGUUUCUGUUCAUCUCGUUUUCAUUUCUGUGAUAUCGUGUUAGGGUUACAAGGGUGGGGCAAUGGUUGUACAGGGGUUUGGGAGGAGGCUAGGGCUGGGCUGGGGAUUGGGACAUGGGCUUAAGCCGGGCUUAGGAUGGUGGGGGGCCUGGGGGAGGUUGGCUGCAGUAAAUGGACUGGACAGAUUCGUCACCGGGGAUCAUCAGCAGUGGUGGCAUGAGGUGGUCACUGGCGGCGGCGCGAAUUGGUCAUCGGCGGGGCCAGAAAGGAUCACUGGCAGAGGCAAGGACAGGUCAAUGGCGACAGCGUGGACUAGUCACUGGCGGCGGCGCGGAGUUGUCACUGGCGAUGGUGCGGAGUGGUCACUGGGGGCGGGAAAGGUCACCGGCAGUGGCAGCAGUGAAUGCGGACUGGUCACUGGGGACAGGAAAGGUCACUGGCAGCGGCGGCAGUGAAGACAACUGCGAUGCAGGAUUGAUCAGUGACGGCGGUGGGGCGGUCAAAUGGAAUCUUGGUCACUAUCGGAAUUUUGGUCACAGACUGAUUUUGUAACUUUGUCAUUGGUCACUAUCGAUUUUGUAACUUUGUCACUGGUCGGGUAAUUGUAACUGGUCGAAACGGGUAAUUAUAACUGAUCGGAUUGGGUGAUUGCACCUGAUCGAAUCGGGUAAUUGUAAAGAGUCGAAACGGGUAAUUGUAACUGGUCGGGCCGGGUAAUUGUAACUGGUCGAAUCGGGUAACUUUAAUUGAUCAAAGUGAUUCAUUGUAACUGGCCGAAUGAGAUAAUUGUAACUGAUCAGAUCGGAUAAAUGUAAUUGAUCGGAUAAAUGUAAAUGAGUAACGG